CUGUGGUCACAGACUUAUCAAAGUCCAAUAGCACUGCCCAAACUAAGGGAGCUUGGGCUCACACCACACUAGUGAUCCAAACCUGGAACCACAUCCCAGCUGAAGAGAGAGAGAGAGAGAGAGAGACAGACAGGGCUGAUCUCAGAUUCUAAGAUGAUCCUCACUGUGCUGUUGUUGCUGGCCCUCCUGCCUGGACCAGGAGUCACUGCCAUCAGAGAGAACAUUGCAAUCGGUGCCAAAGCGGUCCAGUCGUCUACAUAUGAUGAAUUAGCAGAUGCUGAGCAUGCUGUUGACGGCAACAGUGAUUCACACUACUUGAAUGGCUCAUGCAGUCACACCAAUUAUGAGAAAAAUCCCUGGUUGAGGGUGGAACUGCCCAGCAUCUACAAUAUAACCUCUGUAACCAUCACUAACCGUGGAGACUGCUGUGGACAGAGGAUACACGGAGCUCAGAUUCGCAUCGGGAGCAGCCUCAACAACAACGGCAAUAGAAACAAACUAGUUGCCCUUGUUGGCUUUCUUCAGAAGGGCGCCACAAAAACCUACAGUUUCAAAGCCACAGAGGGACGAUUUGUUAAUAUUUUCCUACCAGGAAAAGAGAAAAUACUCACUCUGUGUGAAGUGCAGGUAUUUGCAGAUGAGGAAUCAGUCCAUCUCCCUGAGAACAUUGCAGUUGGAUCCAGAGCGGUCCAGUCGUCUACAUUUAAUAAAUUAGCAGACGCUGAGCAUGCUAUAGACGGCAACAGUGAUUCACACUACUUUAGAGGCUCUUGCACUCACACCAUGCAUGAAAAAGAUCCCUGGUGGAGGGUGGAGCUGCCUGGCGUCUAUUUGGUGACCUCUGUAACCAUCACUAACCGCGGAGACUGCUGUGGAUUUAGGAUCAUCGGAGCUCAGAUUCGUGUCGGGAACAGCCUCAAGAACAACGGCAACGAAAACAAACUAGUUGCUACUGUUGGCAACCUUGAGAAUGGAGCUGAAAAAACAUACAACUUUACAGCUGAGGGACGUUUCGUUAACAUUUUCUUACCUGGAGAGAAUAAAAUACUCACUGUGUGUGAGGUGAAGGUGUUUGCAGAUGAGGAAUCUCUUCAGCGUUACGAAAAUAUUGUGCCCGCAGUCAAAGCAGUACAGUCGUCUACAUAUAAUGAAUUAGCAGACGCUGAGCAUGCUGUAGACGGCAACAGUGAUUCACACUACUUGAAUGGCUCAUGCAGUCACACCAAUUAUGAAAAGGAUCCCUGGUUAAGGGUGGAGCUGCCUGGCGUCUAUGACGUGACUUCUGUAGCCAUCACUAACCGUGGAGACGGCUAUGGAUUUAGGAUCAACGGAGCUCAAAUUCGCAUCGGGAACAGCAUUGAGAACAACGGCAAUGACAACAAACUUGUUGCCGUUAUUGGCCCCCUACAGGAUGGCGCCACAAGAACGUACAGGUUUAAAGCCACUGAGGGGCGGUACGUUAACAUUUUCUUACCAGGAGAGGAGAAAAUACUCACAGUGUGUGAGGUGAAGGUGUUCGCAGAUGAAGUAACCAGCCCUGAAUCCUUUCAUCUACAUGAUUAUGAUGUCCUGCCUAACGUUGCUCUUAAAGGACUUGCCAACCAGUCCAGUAUCCACCCUUACGGUCUGCUGGCUGGCUUUGCUCUUGCCCGAAACGCCGUCGAUGGGAACCGAAACUCGGACCUGAGGAAGGGCUCCUGCACGCAGACGGACAUGGAGAGCUCCCCCUGGUGGAGGGUGAGCCUGCAGAACAAAUCUACAAUAUUCUCUGUGGCUCUGACAAGGCAAGCUGACCACUGUUUUCAGUGCAUGGACGGUGCCGAGAUCCGGAUUGGCGAUUCCCUACACAAUGACGGGAAAGAUAAUCCACUAUGUGCCACUGUGUCCUCCACCCCUGCAGGACAUACAGAGCACUAUACCUGCAGCAGUCUGCUGGAGGGGAGCCACGUGACCGUGAUUCUGCCAGGAGAGGACAGGAUUCUGAGCCUGUGUGAGGUGGAGGUGUUCGGGCUCUGAAAUGGAUUUAAAUGAUUUUAUUCUCUUUUAUCCAUUUUUUUCACAACAUCACUAAUAGCUAUGCUAACUAUAGCUAUGCUAACUAUACAACCAGUAGGUUUUACCUAUAAAUCUGUAUUAGUAUGUAUUUGUUUUCGGAUUGCAGUACAGUAUUUCAUUAAAAAUAGUAUCCACAUUAUAAAAACAAAGACCCAGGAUGCCUCAGAGGGGCAGUUGCACUUUGUAAAAGCAGUCUUUAACAGUUAGCGUACAAAGUGUUCUCAGCCUCUGACCCAAAUUCUGCAUUUCUGAAUCAUUUCUUCAUUUUUGAAUUGCUUAAAAAUAGAACAACAGAACAGUACAGGCACACAUGCUGCCAAAACAUCACACCAUACAGUCCAACACACAAGCUUAUCACUUUAUUAUAACUAAUAAAAGUCAUCAUUAACCGUAGUGAAAGCUUUUAAUUAAUACAGCGUGUAUUUCAAUAUUACAAAAUGUUUGAUUAUUCAUUAAGCAACACACUGACAUUACUCAUUUACUCCUUCACACUUCCUUUCCUCACUGCUAAGACAACAAUCACCAGAGUAUUGAUUUCACCUGUUCCCCUCACUAUAUAUACACCCCUUCCUUUCACUCACUCCCUGCUGAGUAUUUGAUCUGGUUCUGUCUGUUAUUACAAAGCAUUUCUCUUGGCUGUGUUUCUGUUUAUUCUGUGUAUUACCUUUAUGAUUACGAUUUUCCUUGCCCUCUUAUACUACCCUGCUGUUUUAUUGACUUGUCUUGUCUCACCGUCCUUGGAUUGCCCUUUUUCAAUAAAGCCUUUUAUUUUUUGCAAUCUAGUAAAAUAACUAGAAAAAUAACUAAAUUGUGUUGAAAGUUUAUCAACAGCGUAUUAAAUGUUUUUAGUAAAUUAAAUUAAAUUUAA